GUGCGAAUCAGUGGGCGGGAUGUAUCUGUUUUGGGACAGUUGGAGCGAAACGGGGGGUGUUUUCAGAAGCUAGCUAAUAUAGAUUUGCAGCACACGAUCUGUACGGGUUUUUAUUGUAUUUAAAAAAAAAAAAAUCAUGACAUCUACCAUUGAUGAUAGCGAAAAAGAAAAGGCCCACUCUGUGUCUGUGGACCUAAACAACGACGCCUCUCUACUCAUCGACAUUCCCGAUGCACUCUGUGAACGAGACAAAGUCAAGUUCACUGUCCACACCAAGACCACCCUGAGCUCCUUCCAGAAGCCAGACUUCUCUGUUCCUAGGCAACAUGAGGACUUUAUCUGGCUCCAUGACACGCUGGUUGAAACUGAAGACUACGCUGGGCUCAUUAUCCCUCCAGCCCCCCCGAAGCCAGACUUUGAGAGCCCCAGGGAGAAGAUGCAUAAACUGGGAGAGGGCGAAGCCACCAUGACCAAGGAGGAAUACACCAAGAUGAAGCAGGAGUUAGAGGCUGAGUACCUGGCUGUAUUCAAGAAGACCGUUCAAGUCCACGAAGUAUUCCUGCAGCGUCUAUCUUCUCACCCCAUCCUGAGCAAGGACAGAAACUUCCAGAUAUUCCUGGAGUAUGACCAGGAUCUGAGCGUACGGAGGAAAAGUGCCAAGGAGACGUUUGGGAGUUUCUUUAAGAACAUGGUGAAGAGUGCUGACGAGGUCAUCAUCUCAGGAAUAAAGGAAGUAGAUGAUUUCUUUGAGCAGGAGAAGACCUUCCUGCUUGAUUAUUCGUCCAAGAUCAAAGACUCCACUGCCAGGGCAGAGAAGAUGACCCGCUCCCACAAAAAUGUUGCUGAUGAUUACAUCCACAUCUCUUCUACUUUGAACAGUCUCUCUGUCGAUGAUAACACAGCACUUAAAAAGCACUUUGAGAAGUUAGCGGACCUGUUUGAGAAACUCCGGAAAGUGGAGGGUAGAGUGGCGUCGGACCAGGAGCUGAAGCUCACAGAGCUACUCCGGUACUACAUGAGGGACAUCCAGGCAGCCAAGGACCUGUUGUACAGACCCAGGGCCCUGGCAGACUAUGAGAACAGUAACAAGGCUCUGGACAAGGCCCGGCUGAAGAGUAAAGGCGUUCCUCCAGCCGGGGAGCCAACAACAGUGUCUGCAGAAGUUUACACGCUUUCUGAGUCGGGAAAAAGAGAGCUGACCAGUUUUAAGGGCAGGAGAGUGGUGGCUUUCCGGAAGAAUCUAAUAGAGAUGGCUGAACUGGAGAUUAAGCAUGCUAAGAACAACAUGUCUCUGCUGCAGGGCUGCAUUGAGCUGUUCAAGAGCAGCUGAGCCACUGGUCUCUUACCAACCCUCCCAGACCACUGACCAGCCGGGCUUGGCGUCAGUCUGUUUCUGCUCUCUUGWCAACUCCUUAUGGAAUCGUCGUGCAGAACCGUGACUGGAGUAGGAAAAUCACAAACGGAUCUGGGACCAGGAUAUUGACCAGCAGGCUUUGAAAAGGGAACCUGGAUUCCCCUUCUCUCUACCCUACAUGUGUCAAACUCAUUCCACGACGGAUUUUCGCUCCACRCUUGUACUUGAUUGAUGAAUUAAGGUCACUAAUUA